UGAGCCCAGCCCCGGGCCGCGGUUCCCGCUCCUGCCGCCGCGCACUGGCUUUGGCGUGCGCGCUGGCCUGGCCGACCUUCCGGAGCCUCUCUUGGCCCUGCCGUCCGUACGCCUGCAAGAUGGCGGCGCCCAGCGAACCCGCGGGCUUCUCUCGCAGCGGUCUCUUCUCCUUCCUGCCCGGCGGCGCGCGCUCCCAGAUGACCGACGACGACUUGGUGACUGACGCGCGGGGCCGGGGCGCAGGGCAUAGAGACGCUGCCGCCUCCGCCUCGGCCCCGCAAGGUUUGAAGCACGGGAAGCGGCCGUGCCGGGCCUGUGUGGACUUCAAGUCGUGGAUGCGGACCCAGCAGAAGCGGGACAUCAAGUUUAGGGAGGAUUGUCCACAGGAUCGGGAGGAACUGGGUCGCCACACCUGGGCUUUCCUCCACACGCUGGCCGCCUAUUACCCGGACAUGCCCACCCCAGAACAGCAGCAAGAUAUGGCCCAGUUCAUACAUAUAUUUUCCAAGUUUUACCCCUGCGAGGAGUGUGCGGAAGACAUAAGGAAGAGGAUAAGCAGGAACCAGCCAGACACAAGCACUCGGGUCUCCUUCAGCCAGUGGCUGUGCCGUCUGCACAAUGAGGUGAAUCGGAAGCUGGGCAAGCCUGACUUUGACUGCUCCAGAGUAGAUGAGCGAUGGCGUGACGGCUGGAAGGACGGCUCCUGUGACUAGAAGAUUAUCAGCAGAGCAUGUGGGGCAUCUGGCCAGGAUCCAUGGGCAACCUGGCUAGCGUGGGAGGGACAGCCCAUUGAUUAAAGUGCAUCUGAGCCAAAGCUUUUCUUCGGUGGGGUGGUCCCUAGGACACUGCCAAUGGGAACCCUACCCACAAGAUUGAGAAGUGGAGGUACCCACUGUGGCCUCCUCAGCUAAGGUGCCAUGGGACUGAAGAUGAGAGGCAUCUUUCUACAGGCUGCCCCAUAUCAUUUAUAAUACAGCCUCUUGCCCAUUACACAUUUGGGACAUGGCUGCCCCAUAGGAAGACAAGGCUAGACCAUUGCCAUCCUACUGCAUUGCCAGGGGUGCCUACAGAACUAUGACUCUGGCAGCUCUGUGCCAUUUCACCGAGCUGUCUAUUCUGCACUCUGUUCCCAGCUCUAGGAGGGUUCUUCUCUGAGGGCGUGCCCACCAUACUGCCCACUGCCUGCCUGGCACAUGUUCUUCCACAGCUGUGACAUGCCUUUCAGCAGAUGAUCCUGAGUAUCUGCUCCCUUAGGAGUUUGAGACCAAAAUAAAAUGA